UCCCGGAGGUGGGACCAACACCUGAACACCAUUCACCCUUGUAACAAGCUAGCGAGGUUUUAUAAGUCCCUACAAGAACAGGUCAAAUUAGUCAGGUCAUUAUUGAGUUGGUACCCUGUCGGACACUUGUACCGCUAACCCCACUAUUGAACAGUAUGAUACCUACCACCUUGGUCUGGAGAAAUUAGAACGUGUAGAUACACUUGUCACUAGUCCGGAUACAGUACACGUCAUGCCCCAGGUCUGAUGCAGGGAUGUGUGUUUUCAACUGAAGUCACGCUAGCUCACGCCCAGUGAAGGGUCACGUGACGUGACACGCCGUAACUGCCUUUUACACUAUAUCCACGCACUUUGACUGAUUUACAUUGAACACAAGCAUGUUGUUGAGCGAGCAGAGGAGAAUGACAAGGAAGAGGAAGAUGUGAAAAGAAGAUGGGAAACGUUAUACAGCCCGCCGAAUCUCGUACUCAUGAUAUUGAGACUAUCCUCCACCAAAACGGAAUAGUGAUAAAUGGUCAUCUGAAGAACAGUACAUCAUCCUCAGAACCACUGAUAGAAGAUUUCACACCGAGGAGUUCCCGAAACCACUCAGGAGAGGAAAAACGUGUUAGAUUCCAGAAUGUGGAGAUAACGGACCAAAAGAAUGUUGUGGUGGUCAAAGCCAACGAGAACCGAAGCUCGGCCAGCAGUAGUGGUUAUGAGAGUAAGAGUUGUUCGAGCAUUGAUAGUGAUGCGGAAAACAUUAGAGGAGAAUCCAGUGAAACAGUGUCUCCUCUGUGCAGCUCAGCUAUAAAAGACAUCCUGACCUGUGACGAAUGUGGUAAGCGGUUCUGCAAAUCAGGACUGUACCUGCAACACAUCCGAACCAGAGCCCACCUAGGCUGCAAUCCAGACGACAUAAUCGACCAGACAUCUAUCAAAAAGAUAGUAGUGGCUGAGAGACAGUAUCCAAGUCCGAAGACCAUUGCCAAGGCUCAUGCUGACUCAAUCAGGAAAACCAGAUCUUAUAAUACGGAGAGAGACCUGCUAUGGGUGUCCCCCGAGAAGCUCCGGCCUAAAUCAGCCCGGCCCGAACACCGAAUACUGGGACCCCUGGGGAACUCCUAUCUGCACUGGCUAACACACUUGGAGAGACUAGACCGGCUGGAUGAUGAGACCGAGAGCAGCGAUACUGGGGAGGACAGAUCACCCCCGAGCACCGGGGAGUCUACUCUUUGUUAACAUCCGAAGAUAACCUCUUAGUCUUUGUUAACAUCAGAAUAUUCCAAUUCCAUCGAUAUGUCGUUGUGAAUACCAGCAAGACUCUCUGUUGACGCACUCUAUUUUGGAUCAGUUUACCAAGCUACUUGCUUGAAACCAGAUAUUUUAGGCGAUUUAUAGUUCUAUGUAUGCAGUGUUCAGUAUUUAUUUUAGGGACAGAUUUUUCACAGUACCAAAACUCACAAUAUGGCAUAAGCCAAAUAUUUUGAUACAGCCCAUUAGAGGUAUUCAGAUUUUGUAUUCAUCAGAAUGAAGGCUCUUCAAGAAGGGCUAUGAUAUAAAGUUAUGGGAUUGCCGUCGACAUAUUUGCAAUAUCUUUCCAGUUUCAUGCCACGACACUUAUUUUUUGGCAAUUUGGUCGAUGGAAGUGCUUUGCUAAGUAACUUAGUAGGUUUACACUAGAUUUAACACUCAAAUUAGAUGCUUAGCUUCACCGCAGAUUAUAACAUAACUAGAAAUGAGGAAAUAUUUCUAUCCAAACCAUAUAUUUGAAAUACUGGAUAAAGAAUUCUACUCUGAUAGAAUUUUUUUUCGGCUAUUAACAACGUAAACCUUUCGUCUGGCAAGUUUCAUGUUAGUGUCUUAAAUUUGGGGUGUUGGGUUUGACUCGAUGUAGCGAUCCGCGUGUCCAAAACGUCUUGCACGUUUUCUUUGUGUAUGUCUGAUUGAGGAAGAUCAUAAGUCAUGGUCACAGCUUUGUUUUUAAAAAUAUUGUGUACAAUGUUUUGCGUUUGCAAUUUUAUCAUAAC